AUGGCUCAAACAUCACAAUCAUGCAGUCUAUCACACAUCCUAGAAGUUUGGCCUAAUGAAGACCUUGAAUGUGUUGGAUUUGCAACUUCGAAGGGCCGCCGGUGCACAGUCCACACAAAUCCGAGAAAUCGCCGCAACGCCCAGAUACUCAUGAGAGAAGGAACUGAUCGGUUAUCCAACGGAGAAGAGUGCAUAGAUGAAAUUUUGAAUCAGCUAGCACCUCUGACACUUUGUGUGAGGUUUCAUCAGAAGGAUGCCCCUGACAAGGCUAGGGAAUGGGCAGAAAAAGUACGGAAAUUUGUACAAAGACGAUCGACUGCUUCUACGACGCGUCCCCGAGAACAUAGUUCAACGACUAGACAGUCUACCCCAACUGCGGAAAGACAAAACCAGAGCAACCAAAUUAUUCAAGUAAACAUUCAGCAAAAUUACUACAACUUAUAUACUUGCUCUGGGCGCGAAACCGAGUCUGGAACGCAAAGCCGAAGGACUACAACAUCACAUUACUCUCCUGCUUCUAUAUCACUCACAACACCGAGCACAGCAUCAUCAGCCGUAAGCACUCAGUAUGUUCGCCCGGGCAGGUUGACACAAAAUCGAAAUGUCAUUACACCAGUGCAUAGCGAACGAACGAUAACGCCAAUAAGACUGGCAUUACCAACAUCGUCACCAACACCGGGAAGAGCAACAACACCAACGCAGCAGAGCUCGACUUUUCCAAGAAGACGGACUACCAACAUCAGACAGCCUGUCGAAGGGGAAUGUGGAAUAUGUUAUAACUCGUUACUCGGUGAUAAUGAGAGCGAAGAGGAUGAUGGCUUGUCUGACGAUCUUGAUUCAGAAUCGGUAGCUAGCACACCAACGGGUAACAGAAAAGAAUCAUUGGUUUGGUGCAGAGCGCAAUGUGGACAAAAUUAUCAUAAAGAAUGCAUGGAUUUGUGGGCUGCGUCUUGUACAAACAACUUGCGGCCGGCUACUUGUCCGAUGUGCAGGGCGCAAUGGAGGCAGUAA